AUGGCAUCGCAUGAUCCGUAUGUUAUUGUGGUUGGGGCAGGGCCGUCAGGUCUUCUUCUGAGCUUGCUCCUUGCUCGCAACAAUGUAUCGGUGACACUGGUUGAGAAGACAAAGACACUGGACGAGCAACCGAGAGCCACUCAUUAUGCCGGACCUGCGGUUGAAGUCCUGCAUCGCGCCGGCGUCAUGGAAGAUGUGGUCCGUCAAGGAUUUUAUCCGAACAAACUCACAUACAGGACCUUCGAAAACAAGGUGCUCGGUGCUCUGGACCACACCAUAUUGCCAGAGGAUCCCAACAGACUCGUCUGCCUACCACUAGAUCAGCUUGGUCGUAUCCUGCUUUCGCAUCUGGAGAAACAAGCCAAUGCUAAGAUAUUGUGGGACUAUGAAGUCAUCAACAUCCGCAACUACAAUGGCCUAGGUGUCAUCACCGUGAUGACUACGAGCGGUACUAAGGAACUCCGGGCAAAAUACGUCGUUGGUUGCGACGGUGCCAACAGCAUAAUCAGAAGGAAACUGUUCGGCGACUGGGAAUUUCCGGGAAGGACUUGGGAUACACAAGUCGUGGCAACAAACGUGUACUACGACUUCCACAAAUUUGGCUACGAGGACGCAAACUUUAUCGUGGACCCAGAGCACUGGUACAUGGCAUCGAGAAUCUCCAAGGACGGAAUCUGGCGCGUCAGCUAUGGUGUACCCGCUGCACUAACCAAAGAUGAGCUGCUUGCCGUACAGGAGGAAAAUUGGAGAAAGAUGCUGCCUGGAAACCCCUCUCCGCAGGAUUACCGCAUCGUCAAUUUCAGCCCGUACAAAGUUCACCAACGUCUUGCAGAAUCAAUGAGAGUGGGGCCGUUCGUGCUUGCUGCAGACGCUGCUCAUUGCAAGUUAUGCAAUCCUUUCGGCGGCUUAGGUCUUACCGGUGGCAUUGUCGACGUGGGAGGCCUGGUGGACUGCCUGGUUGGCCUUCACGAAGGCAAAGCCGAUGACGGUAUUCUGGACAUCUAUUCCCAGGUCCGGCGCGAGAAGUACCUUCAGUUCAUUGACCCCGUGUCGAGCUCAAACUUGGUACGCAUGUACGACAGUGACCCGAGUUCGCUGGUGGAGAGGGAUGAGUUCCUCAAGGCUAUGAACGCGGUUGGCAACGACCCUGUCAAGAUUAAGGCACUCGUUGAUGGUACCAAAGCUAUCACUUACGACUUUUCUCGGCAUUUCAACGGCGCGGUGGAGCCUUAG